AUGACGCCGAUUCCAACGGAGGGCGAGUUGCUGCGCUUCGGUUCGCUGAAUAUCAUGCUCUCAGUUGGGGGUAUAUGUCUGCAGAUAUGGUAUAUUAAGUUUCUCUACGCACGUCGACCUGGUUGGGGUCGAGACAUUGUGCUGACGCUCCACCUCCUCUCCGCGUUCUGCGAUAUUGUGCAGCUGAGUGCGCACGGGUUCGCCGGGCUGCAGAUGUUCUUUCCGGAGGCGCCUUUGCCAUAUUCCAGGUUCUUCGGCGGACUAAUCAUCGGUGGUUGGAUAAACGGCACGCUUUAUAUGAACUAUUUUGUAUUGCAUCGUUUUUUAUUUGUUUAUCUGCCAUUUACGGCCGAUCAGAUCCUGACGCCGCUUGUGAAUAAGAUCUAUAUCGUGUUUACUUUCAUGUGCUUCCUGUUGCAUAUGGGAUGUAGCGUCUCUAUAUACAACGUCACCUAUAAUGCAACCCAAAUACUGUGGAAGGUCGCCAACACCGACAAGGGCGGAUACGAAAAAUUGAUCCUCGAGAUCAAUGAAUAUUCCAAUUAUGUGUUUGCGUUUUUUUGCCUUCCAUUUUAUGUGGCAAUUAUUGGAAUGGUGCUUUAUCGAAAGAAGCGAAUGCGUGCCGCCCUGAAGUCGCGCGACAUCUACAUCAUCUGCCAGAUGAUGUUAUCCUGGGCGCUGGGGAUGCUCUGCUGGAUCGUUUGGGAGAUCUGGACCCCAAAAACCGAUCCCCCGGUUGUGGCAUACCUCAAGAAAUCGCUGUCGUGGAUCGGCUGGAAUUGCUACAAACCGCUUUCCACCCUAAUAACGCUCAGCAUCAAGCCGAGCUGGGUGACCGGCGGCGCAAACACCAACAAUCCGGCCAGAGGACCCAAUUUCACCCUAGCCAAUUUUCGGGCCGAAUGCCAUCGGGCAUGGGAUAAUUCGGAGGAAUUCCGCUUGUCUGCCAAAAUUCCUAUGGACGACCCGGCUACCGUAGCUACUACCGUAUCCCCUACAGUAAUCCCGGAAUACGCAAUUUUUGGGUGUAUCGAAUUCGCGGUGGCCGCGUUUUUUAUCGGGUUGCAGUUGUGGUAUUUUCGGUAUCUGCUGUCGAAGAAGCCGGACUGGGGCAAGGGUGUUGUGGUGAUACUCUUCUUACUGACCGCCGUCUGCGACGUGUUCCAGUUGAUCGCCCAUUGCUACGUGGCGCUGGCGAUGAUCUUCCCCGUCACCUUAGAGCCGUACUGCGGGUACUUCGGUAGCCUCCUCCUUUGUGGGUGGAUGAACGCCGCCUUCUACAUGUCGUUCUUCGUCGUUAACCGGUUCGUACACGUCUACUUUCCGUUUCAAGCCAGUCGAAUUCUACAGCCGUGGACGGCCAAACUAUUCGUGGCCCUGUCGGCGGUGCUGUUCGGCUUCAUCCUCUAUUCCACAGUAUUCCUGUUGACGGUUGUUCGACGGCAAAAGGACUGGAAAUGGUCAAUUGAUCUGACGAGACCCGAGAAUAGGGAUAAUCCAUAUGCUGUGGCUAUCAAAGCGGUGGCCAACUACAUGCCCACAUUCUUUGAUUUGCCCUUCUAUGUUGCGCUGAUUAUAAUGAUUAUUUGGAGGAGGCAACGUGCUCCUCGCGAUUUCCUGCGGCCACGAGAGAUUCUUGUCAUCCUCCAGAUGCUUUGUUCGUGGCUUCUCCGAUUGGGCAUUUGGUCAUCUUGGCAUAUAUUCGUGUCCCGCAGCGAUCCGGCAGUUAUCAAGUUUUUAGGGAAAGACAUGUUAUGGCUGGUGUGGAACGGCUUCAAACCGGCAUCUACGAUUUUGAUGCUAUGGCUCAAACCGACGCGUCUCUUCUCCAUAUUAGUGCAACGCCGUCACCGCGCCGCCACGCACAGUAUCACGUGGAUUCGCGCCCGAAAAUCGACCGUUUCGACUUAUGCUACUGCA